GUCCAGCAGUUCAAGCCCUUCCCUGGUUAGUGUGAGGUGAGCUCAUGUGAUUAUACUGAAUGGAAUGUGUUCAGUUGCAUCCUCCAGGUAACACCAAAACAUGUACAUUAAAAAAAAGAAAAAACAUAUUGAAAAUAGCAACGUUGAAAAAGGAAGCGAUAUCUAUACUAAGUAUACAUGAGUUGAAAACUAAACCAUUUGAAGAGAUGUUGUAUGGUCAUGUAAAAAUCCCAGAAUACACUAGUCAAGUGUCUAGAAUAAGCUAGGCGUAUACAUUGGGUGGCGUUUUAAAAUUGAGACAUUUCUGACAGUCAAAAAAAAACUGUGACAGUAAAACAGUAACUGUGCUCAUUGUCGCCGCCGGUUUGUAGUACCCGCCUGAACAAAGGAAAUCGUGACUUCUCAUUUUCGUCAUUGUUUGAAGAGGGAAGUCUGCGUUUUUUCUGAUUGGACACAGUUGAACCAUUUAUGAACUUUCAAUCUUGAAAGGAAAGAAAUUUAUUUUACCGUGUGCUGUAACACCAAGGAAUUUCUUCUCCGAAUAAUUUAUCGGUACACGUAUUCUUUUGUGGUCAAAGACCACUGCGGUACCUGUACGGAGGAGUUUUGAGGUGAGACUCGGAGUUCACUGUCGUGUCGAGUAGGUGUUGCUGUGUCUCUACUAACCCCGGAAACCUACAUACACUAUACAAUGGAUGUACCCCAACUUACUGAAGACGAAAUGGCUGAAGUAAAAAAGGAAGCUCUAGAACGAUUGAGACCAUAUCUGUGUGAUACAAUCAUGGCUGAAAGACAUUUUGAUUACCUGCGUGCCAAGAAGAUCCUCACCAGAGAGGACACAGAGGAGAUCAGCUGCAGAAACACAGGUAAAAAGAGGACUGGAAAGCUGCUUGACUAUCUGGCGGAGAACCCAAGGGGUCUGGACACUCUGAUUGAAUCCAUCCAGCGUGGGAGAAUCCAGAAUUUCAUCAUCACUAAGAUCACUGAUGAAGUACAGAAGGUCAGAAAUGAAAGACUGGAAAGCAUGAAAGUCAGAGCCACCAGCUGCAUGCCACCCAAGUGUAUGGGUGCAACAAACAACCUCUCCGGAACAUUUUCGUAUGAUUCCAACUAUGAGAAAGGAAGAGAUUCCACCUUGCUGUUCCAUCCUGAAGGGGAAUGGAGUCCUGGCACAUCCACUGCUGUUUGCUCAAUUAAUUUGCAAUAUGGAUCCAUGUUGGAAAAGGGAACUACAGUAACCAGUAGCAGUGUGUCUUCCACGCUUCCAAAGCCUGGAGACCCGGGGGCCCCAGCGCUCCCUGAUGAACUGCAGCCAGAGCCCGAGGGGACCUGUCGAAGCACCAGCAGUGAUGCACAGUUUCAGCCACUUCGCUCGAGGUCUGUGUCAUCAUCACAGCCUCACUUUUCCUAGGAAGAAAUGAUAACCUCUUUUCUCUCUGAAUUUAGGGUGGUUGUUGGGAUUCUGAUGUAUAAAUAACCUGUACAGUACCUUGAAAAACUAAGAAAUCAAGCUUUGGAUUACAUUUGGAUUACAUUAUGGUACCACUAUCCUUUUAGGUGCUUUUAAAAAGUACCAAUUUCAAAACAAACAAUAACUGUAAUAAAGAUAACUGGUUGAAGGCAUAUACUGCUGUUGUUGUAUAAUUACACAGAGUUAUCAUAAUUCUUUGGUACUUUUUAAAUACUGCUUUUUAAGUGGCGCUAUAAAUGAAUCCCAGUCAAGUUAAUAAACAUUUCCCCUUAUACCUUCAUAACCCGAUGAAUUUACCUCAUCACACAUUAUUCUUUUUGUGGUGCAAGAACCUGUGUUAUCUGACCAAAAUGAAUUCAAGGUCCAAGCACUAAAAAGACUACAGUAUCUUGCAUGAUUAUAAAUGAAAAUACCAACAACCAUUGAGACAAAGGAGGACAAUAAACUCAUGCAAUAUAUCACAGGAAUAUUUAGUCUGCCCAAUACAAGUGAAAAUCUGUGUCCCUGACUCUUAAAGACUGAAUCACUAUUCCAGAUUACGAUUUGGCAUUUAACUGGUGCAUAAAGCUGUCAUAUGUGUCAGAUACAUGUGUUCAUGUGCCAAAGCAGGUUGCCAAAAGGUUCAGAUAAAGAAUACCACAGAUGGAGUACUUUGGCAGUAGUAAUUAAUCUGACUUACUGCUACUUUCACUUUAGUUAUUAUGUCACAGCACAGUAAAUUUGUAUUUUAUUAGGAUUUCCUGUGCCAUUUGGCACCCGAAGCAGAAGAAUAAAAAUCAUAAGGGCUUAAAGGCCCUAAACAUUCUUGCAAGUUUCAUGUUUUGCAACCUGCACAACCUGUAAGUAUUUUUAAAGUUCACUUCCUGUGCAGUAGAUAUGACCUAUUCCUACUGCACAGGAAGUGAAUGUAUAGGGUUGGAUCAUACCAGUGUAAUAGAAGGUAGUGAAAUACAGAAAUUAUGUUGCAUAUCACAUCAGUAAAAUACAGUUACAUUAUUAUGAUUUAUAGAUUGAUUCUGUUCUAAUUGUAGCACAGAUAUGCAUUAUAAUAUCAAAUCUUGAUAUUUCCUUUAUGUUUUUUUUUUCUUUUCAAAGAAAUAAAAACAUGUAUUUUCUGGUUCUUCAUAUCGAGGGUUAAAAAAAGCUAACUUUGGCCAAUGUAUAGCAUUCUAAGAAAUAUAUUUAAAAUCAGACAUGUAAAUGUUGAUUCAUCAUAUAUCUUCUAAAGCAAUUAUUUCUUUAAUGUUUAGGUUUCUUUAUAUUUAAGAUUUGAUUGAUUAAAACUAGCUUUUGCUUUUCCACUCUGCAGGAAACAGUCAUUAUUUGAAUUGCCUUUAUAGUAUUUUUACUGGCUGAAUAAUGUAUUAAUUUACAUUUAGGGUUAGUUUCUGGUGUUAAUACACUGCGCAGUCUAUAUUUUAUUAAAGCUAUUAAAAAAUGUUCAAAGCAGAGAAAAAUAUAUUAGAAAUAAAAAUAAGAAUUAUUCUUAGUUUACAGUUAAAAAUCUUCUAUGUUAUUUACCCAUUAAGUGCUGCUAGCAUACCUAACAGUGUACACUUCUGAGGUACAUCACUGUGUGUAGGUUUACAGUCCAUAUAUGAAGAGACAUCCUUAAAGCAUUUUUAUAUCUAUCAUUAUAUAAUCCUACAAGAGUUCUGACAUUUGCAGAAAUUUGCAUUGGGGUGUGAACUUGUUUGUGGAUUCUGUUCACUGUCAAAAGUGAAUACAGUUAAACCUCUAUUUAUGGUUGCCUGACGUUCAGAACUAAAUGGUCAGUAACCUGUGCUUAUUUUUCACUAAACCGAAUGCAAGUGAACAUCUAUUUAACAUCUUGUAAAGCUGUCUGUUCUGUGCUUGGGACAUGCUUACCUGCAUGUAUUAUAAUAAAUAUAUUAUUAAUUGA